AUGGUAAUAUUGAAAGGGGGGGGCUUUUGGGGGGGGGGGGGGGGGGCUCGGGGGGGGGGGGGGGAGGGGUGGGGGGGAAUGGGGGGGCGGGGGGAUGAAGUUUGGAUUAGAGACUGCAGGGGGGGGGGAGAGAUGCUGGGGGAUGGGGGGUCGCGUGGGCGGGGGGAGGGGGGGGCGGGUGGGAUAGGCGUGGGGGGCAGAGGGCGAAGAGGGGGGGAGGGGGAGGGAGGGGAUAGGAGGAUAGGGAUAUGGGGGGGGGGGGGACAAGGGGGGGGGAGGGGGGGGGGGGCUGGUGGAGGGGGGGUUGGGGGUGAUGGGGUGGGGGGGGGCAUUGGGGGGGGCAUUUGGGGGGGGGGAGGGCGGGGUGGGAACACUGGGGGGGGAGGGGGGAGGGAUGAUCUGCUGGGGAGGGGCGGGAUCGGAGCAGGCGGGGAUGGGGCGGGGAGCAUGCUAGUGGGGUCGGAAGGGAGACGGGGAGGAGGGAGGGUGGAGGGGGAUGGGCUGGGGGACUGCGUGGAGGGUGGGGAGGUGGGCGUGGGGGAUAGGAGGGGGGGGGCAUGGGAUGGGGGGGGGGCGGAGCUGGAUGGGAGGGGAGGGGAGAGGGGGGGGGGGGGGGAGGAGGAGGUGAAGGCGAUGAGGGAUUCGAUGGUGGGGGGCGGCGUGGCGGGUGGGGGGGGGAUAGGGGGAUGGGCGGGGGAUGGGGCGGGCAGGGGGCGGGGGGGGGGGGCGUGGGGGGGGGGAAGAAAGGGGGGAGAGGGGGGGGGGGGGGGGGGUGCUCGGGAGACUAGGGUGGGUGGCAGGUGGUGGGUGAUGGGCUUCGGGGGGAUUAAGAUGGGGAGGGAAGGGCCGGGGCAGGCUGGGGGGGGCGUGUCUGGUUCACGCAUCGAUUUCUUGUCUACGAUUGUGGCACGUGGGGGGCAUCGGUACGGGGGAUGGGGGGUGGAGGCAAGGGGACGGGGGGGAUGA